AAAGGUCGGUCGCGGCGCAGGCGCGGUGGCGCUAGUUCUGCAGCGGACAAACAUGGCGGCCCCGACGUUGACUGCGAGGUUGUACUCCCUGCUGUUCCGCAGAACGUCUACCUUCGCCCUCACCAUCGCCGUGGGCGCCCUGUUCUUCGAGCGCGCCUUCGAUCAAGGCGCGGACGCGAUCUACGAACACAUCAACCAGGGGAAGCUGUGGAAACACAUCAAGCACAAGUAUGAGAACAAGGAGUAGUUCCUACGAGGCCCCCAUCCAGGCCAGAAGGACCGGGGCCACCAACCCACUGUUUGCCCAGAGCCAGGGCCUCAGCUAGAGGAUGAUGUCCACGUCACUCUCCACGGACCACCUUCAGCAGCUGGCAGGAAAUGGCUUCACCUGAUAGACUCUUUAACUUCUGCUGUGUUUGAAGUAUGUUUACCCAGAGUCAUCAGCAAAUAAAUGUAAAUUGUCCUUGA